AUGGCCGACACAAGCUUUGCCGAAAAGCGCGAUGCCAUCGCUGCCACAGAAAACAUCACAAUGGAGAAGCUGGACUGCGUCGUUGUUGGUGCUGGUUGGUAUGGAUUGGCCGCCGCGAAGCAGUUUCACGUUACUCAACCAGAAUGUUCGCUCGCGGUGUUCGACUCCCAAUCCAGCUUGGGCGGGACGUGGGCCAACGAUCGUCUAUAUCCGGGCUUGAAGAGUAACAAUCUUCUGGGAACGUUCGAGUAUCCCGACUUUCCCAUGGACACGCCGACAUUUGGUGUCAAGCCGGGCGAACAUAUGCCAGGCGAGGUUAUCAACAACUACCUCAAGGCGUACGCGGCCAGGUUUGGAAUCACAAACCUGGUCCGUUUAAGCACUAAAGUUCUCGUUGCUGAGCAUCAGGAUACUGUCGAGGGUGGUUGGGUCUUAACGAUCCAGCCGCCGAAUCAAAGCGAGACCAAGGUCUUCGCGCGUCGAGUUAUCUUCGCUACAGGUUUAACUUCAGAACCUUUCUUGCCGCACUUUGAAGGUGAAGAGACCUUUGGUGGAAGAAUAUUCCAUGGCAAGGCAUUUAAGCAAAAUGCCGAUACGUUACAGACCGCUAAGAGAGUUACGAUCUUCGGCGCCACCAAAUUCGCCUGGGAUGCCGUUUACGCCUACGCCACCGCCGGCGUAAAAGUAGAUUGGGUAAUUCGCUCUUCCGGCCACGGCCCCUGUUGGAUCGCUCCAUCGUACGUAACUCCACUUAAGAAGUGGAUCGAGAAGCUCGCCAACAUGCGAUUCUUGACAUGGUUCAGCCCUUGCGCAUGGGGCGAUAUUGACGGCUACGGUGGAAUUCGUGGCUUUUACCAUGGAACUCCUGUCGGACGUGCCAUCGUUAACUCCUUCUGGAAGGUGUUAGGAGGAGAUGUUAUCAGCCUCAACGGAUACGACUCCCAUCCGAAGACAGCCAAGCUGAAGCCUUGGACCAGCGCUAUGUUUACAGGUUCAAGCUUCAGUAUCAUGAAUUAUGAUACCAACUUCAUGGAUAUCGUUAAGAGCGAUCUCGUCAACGUCUAUGUUAGCGAAAUCGAUCAUCUCAGCCCAGGAAAGGUCCACCUAUCCGACGGCUCCGAGUUUGAGUCUGACGCUCUACUGGCGCACACUGGCUGGAAGCACGUGCCGUCCAUAAAACUCCUACCAGAAGGUAUCGAGAGCGAACUUGGUGUUCCGCAUAGCCCGAACCCUGACGCACCAGUUAAUGACCUCGCCAAUAACCCAGAGUUGAUGGAGCGCGUAGACAAAGAUAUCCUUGACCGCUUUCCUCGGUUAAGAGACCCGCCCGUAUGGAACAAGAAUUACGUCCCCAUGACUGAGCAGAAGGGGAUCAUGAGUGAUGAUGACGUGACCCCUUAUAAACCGCUCACUCCGUAUAUGCUGCACCACUUUGUCGUACCUCCAUCCGAGCGAUUCCUGCGCCCCCGUGACACAGCUUUCAUCGGUAUCGUGUCCAACUUCAGUAACAUGAUUACUGCACAUUUGCAGGGUCUCUGGAUCAGCGCCUAUUUCGCCGGGAAGCUGGAACGAGACCCGUCGAUGGCGGUUGGCGACCCGAAGGCAAUGGACCAGCUUCAAUACGAGACCAUGCUGCACAACCGCUUUGGCAAAUGGCGCUACCCGACCGACGGCACGAAGAAUCCCAAUUUCAUCUUCGACGCCGUUCCAUAUCUGGAUCUCUUACAGCGCGACCUAGGUCUUAACAUCUACCGUAAGAAGGGCUUCCUGGCGGAGCUCUACGAACCGUACGGACCUGAGGAUUACCGCGACGUUAAUACCGAGUGGAUGAACAAGUACGGCAACAUGAAGAAGCUAGAAUCUCUAGACGACAGCUUAAAGCCUUUAGACUCGCAGGAGCCGAAUCUGAACUAG